AUGUUAGGAAAACCACAAGUACGGGUUUUGGUGCGGUUUCGCCCUCUUAACGAGGAAGAAGUACAGAAACAACAGGAAGGAAGUCAUGUUGAGGAAACUCCAUGGAUACAAUAUGAUGAAAAGUCUGUUGAAAUCAUAGAACGUAUUCCAGCACAAGUUGAUGGUCUUUCUAGUCCAUACAAUAACUGUAAUAAUAACUGUAAUAAUAAUAAUAAGCAGAGUAAUCAUGAUUGCAGUGAUAAUAAUAUAAUGAUUGCUACUACUACUACUACUAGUAGUAGUAUUGCUUAUAUUAAUGGUGAUACUGAGGCUAGUGGAACUCCUGAUGUUCAAUCACAGACUACCACUGCACUCAUUAGACCACGCCUAAGGAAAACUUUCACCUUUGAUGAUGUUCUUGCCGAUUCCACAGAUCAACAAGAAACAUUUAAACAUAUUGGUGUACCUGUUCUAUCGAAUAUACUGAAAGGAUAUAAUAGUACUAUUCUCGCCUAUGGUCAAACAGGCAGCGGUAAAACACAUAGUAUGUUAGGACCUGCCGGUGGUAAACUUAACUGUUAUUCACCAGAUAGUUCAUACUAUGAAUCACGUGGACUUAUUCCACGAGUUGUGGAGGCACUCUUUAAUUAUUUAACAGAUUUUAAUCCAACUGAACGUACAUGGCGAGUACGGGCAUCUAUGUUUGAAAUUUAUAUGGAUAAUAUUAUUGAUCUCUUUUGUUCUGGUCCACAGGCAUCCGAGUAUCGUAUUCGUGAGGAUACAGAGAGUAAAGGGGUGUAUGUAGAAUCUCUUGAACAGGUACACUGUAUAGAUGCUAAACAGUUAUUAGAACUUGUGGGUAAUGGUAUACAAAGACGACAUACAUCCGCUACAGGAUCUAAUGAUACUUCCAGUAGAAGUCAUUUUAUACUUUCUCUCUUUCUGGAACAAGAGGAUAUAUUAACAGGUGGAACAAAUACAGUAAGUCGUUUAAAUUUUGUAGAUCUCGCCGGUAGUGAAAAAGUUUUUCCCACACUAGCAGAAAGUGAUCGUUUACGAGAGGCCCAAUGUAUUAAUCUCUCUCUUGCGUUACUUGGGAAUGUUAUUCAUCGAUUGACUAAUCCCAAACCGGGAUAUGUGCCCUUUCGUGAUUGCAAACUCACACGUAUCCUGCAGGACUCUCUUGGUGGAAAUGCUCUCACUACACUCUUAUGCCACGCCUCUACAGCAAUGAUGAAUAGAAAUGAAACUAUAACGACUCUACGGUUUGCAGAAUGGGCGAAAAAAAUACGAAACCGACCACGUGUGAACAAAACAGCACUCACUCAACAGGAAUUUGGAUUAGAUCAUGCUUCUGCAGUAGUUCGUGCACAGCAGUUACAACUGCGUGGGCAGAUGCCGAAUGGACUCAUAGAAUCACAACGUCCUUCUUUAGAUACUGUGUCUGGUAUUGACACGAUAGAACAACAAGAACUAGAAGAAGAAAAUGAAAAUGAAAAGAAAGAAAAUUUACAGUCUAUUAUCGAUGCUCUUAUGAAUGAAGUAAUGGAACUCAAGAAGGAGUUAAAUACAAAGGAGGAGGAGCUGCAGCACUCGUCUGAAACUGUGGAGUUCUACAAACAGCAAUGUACUCUAUUAAAACAGGAGUAUGAUGAAGUAUGUGAACGCCACAAGGCGAGAGAGGAAAAACUUCUUAAUAUGUGUGCCUCCAUGGAUCAAGAACGAAAACGAUUACUGGCGGAAAUAGAAGAACUGCAAUUUAACAUCACAUCUACAGGUCAAUCCAACUGGAAGCCUAUUGCUCCAGUUGUACACGUAGGGAACAGUCUGACACUGCAGGAUUCCACAAAGAGUGAAAGUGGAGUUCCAGCCACAACCGUCGUACACCCGCUGAACUCCAUCCAUACAAUUGUUAUUCCAAAAAAAGGAAAUCCAAACAAAGACAACAAAAGUGAAGCAGUGCCUCGACAUACGGAUCCUGUAGAGAAUGUAGAUCCUACUACUUCUUCAAAAGAGGGAAUCCAUCAGAAUGAUAAUAAACUAUUACAAACAGACGAAGAAAAUACGAGAGACUUGAACGUCCAAUUAGAUACAUUAGAUCAACACUUAAAACAAAAUAAAGAAAACCCUAUAGAUGACGUCAACACAGCAAGAGGAGGAUUAGGAAAAAAUCCAUUACAGCAAGAACAACUAGCCUCAUCUGACCAUUUACUCCAGCAGGGAAGAAAACAAGUACAUGCAAACACCAUGACAGAUCUCGCAGCCACAGAGCUGCAGCAACAGGAAGAACUGGCUACAGCCCAGCGUGCCCAGCAGGAGAAAGAACUGGUACAUGCAAACACGAUGACGGAUCUCGCAGCCACAGAGCUGCAGGAACAGGAA